AUGUCUCAACUUGGGAACCGUGCCAACUGGGCCGACGACGAAGAAUUCGAUGACCCCUCCGCGCUCCCCGCGCAACAAGUGAUCGCGAACAAGGACGGCACCAAGACUGUCAUCUCCUACCGCUUCAACGAUGACGGCAAGAAAGUGAAGGUCACCCGCCGAAUUAAGACCACCGUCGUCCGCGAACACGUCAACCCCCAAGUCGCCGAACGCCGCAAAUGGGAAAAGUUCGGACUCGAGAAGGGCCACGCCCCCGGUCCCACCUUCGACACUACCUCCGUCGGCGAGAACAUCGUCUUCCGCCCGCAAGUUAACUGGAAGGCAAAUGCCAAGGAGGCCGAGAAGGAGGGCCCCGAGAAGGGCAGCAUGAAGGACCAGCUCAAGGACAAGAAGGUCAAGUGUCGUAUUUGCAGCGGAGAGCAUUUCACCGCUCGCUGUCCCUUCAAGGACACCAUGGCCCCCGUCGAGGAGGGCACUGGUGCUGGUGCUGGCGGCGUCGAGGAGGAGGAAGACAAGGGUGGUCUUGGUGCUGGAAACUCCAGCUACGUUCCUCCUCACAUGCGGAAGGGCGGUAAUGCUGGUGGUGAGAAGAUGGGCGGUCGCUUCGAGAAGGACGAUUUGGCGACUCUCAGAGUUACAAACGUCAGCGAGUUGGCAGAGGAAAACGAGUUGCGGGAUCUGUUCGAGCGUUUCGGUCGUGUUACCAGAGUCUUCCUUGCCCGGGACCGGGAAACCCAGAGAGCCAAGGGCUUUGCUUUCAUCAGCUAUGCGGAUCGUGGCGACGCACAACUGGCUUGCGAGAAGGUGGAUGGCUUCGGUUACCGCCACCUCAUUCUCCGCGUCGAGUUCGCCAAGCGUACUACUUAA